AGUCAAAUUAAAUUGUUGUUUACUGGGCAUAUACUUUUAGUAUGGUUACAAUACAAGAGCAAAUGCGCAUUAUCAUAGAUUAUGAAGUAUUUAGAGCCGAACAGAGUUGACAUGCGCAGAAGAGCUUAAACUCUCUCGUAGAAUAAAGUAUAGGGGGCAAUUCGUUCUCUGAUUGAUUUAUAUACAGUACAAUUCUUCAUUGUUCAAAUUUGUUCAAAUUGGACUCUGGAUACAAUAUCUGAAACUCUUUUAAAUGAAGUAGCGUGUGAUGUAAAUAGAAUUAUCACUCUCACUCAAUCUAUCAAACGAGUGAAAUAUAGGCAAUAAAAGUAGUAUAUUCCAGCGAUUACUUUAAACUGCCAUAUUGUAUGUACUUGAUAGAAACUCUUGAAUCUCUUACAGUUAAAGUAAAAAAAAUCUACCCGUCACGAUGGAUGCUUCAGCAGGUGUUUUGUCACCAGAAAUCUUAAAUCAGUUCUACACAAAAUUUUAUGAAGACAAUCGUAAUACUCUGGCACAAAAUGUAUCUACAAGGACCAAUCCUCAUGAAGCUUGCAUUUCAAGAAGAAUUUUGCAAGAAUCGCAACAUGUUUUCACUCAUAAGAUUGCAACAGAAGUGAAACCUGUAACAAAUCAAAAAAAUUCAGGACGAUGUUGGAUAUUUUCAGCUUUGAACAUUAUAAGAAUUCCCUUUAUGAAGCAAUACAAUUUAGAUGAAUUUGAAUUUAGUCAAGCUUAUUUAUUCUUUUGGGAUAAGCUUGAACGAUGCAAUUAUUUUUUACAUAAUAUUGUAAAAACAGCUAAACAAAAUGAGCCAGUGGAUGGUCGUUUGGUUUCAUUCUUGCUAAAUGAUCCUGUCACAGAUGGUGGACAAUGGGAUAUGAUUGUCAAUCUUAUAAAUAGACAUGGUGUUAUUCCGAAAGUUUGUUUCCCAGAAUCAUAUAGUAGUGAAUCUAGUUCACGUAUGAAUACAAUUUUAAAAAGUAAACUGAGAGAGUAUUCUAAAGUCUUAAGAGAUUUAAUAUCUAGUGGUGCAACAAAUGAGAAAAUAGAAGCACAAAUUUUGGAACAGAUGACAGUGAUUUAUCGAAUACUUGGUAUAUGUCUAGGAAUACCAUCAAAAACAAUCACAUGGGAAUAUUAUGAUAAGUCUAAAAAUUACAAUUGCAUUGGGCCUAUAACACCAAUAGACUUUUAUGAGAAAUACGUGAAACCAUACUAUAAUGUAGAUGAUAAAGUAUGUCUAGUAACAGACCCAAGACCAUCAAAUCCAUUUGGAAAACUUUAUACAAUAGAUUGUUUAGGAAAUGUUGUAGGUGGAAGACCUACAUUGUAUAACAAUCAACCACCUGAAUUACUAAUGAAGUUGUGCGCAGAAAGUAUAAAACAAAAUGAACCUGUAUGGUUUGGAUGUGACGUGAACAAGAGGUUAAUAACUAAACAGGGUAUAUUAGACAUGAAAUCUUAUGACUUUGAACACAUGUUUGGAACUGAUAUUCAAGUUAAUCUUGCAAAAGCAGACCGAUUACUUUAUGGAGAUUCUAUGAUGAUGCAUGCCAUGGCACUCACAGCUGUUUCUAUUGAUAAUGAUGGUAAAAUUAAGAAAUUCAGAGUAGAAAAUUCUUGGGGUGAUGAUCAUGGACAAAAAGGAUAUUUGAUACUAACAGCUGAAUGGUUUUCUGAAUUUGUUUUUGAAGCAGUUGUUGAUAAAAAAAUAGUACCAGCGGAUGUUUUAAAUGUAUUCAAACAGGAUCCUAUUACCUUACCUGCAUGGGAUCCUAUGGGUACUCUUGCUCACUAAUAAUGAUAAAAGCUUAAGCAUUUAAAGAUAAAAUUUUUAGUUAACAAAGGAGAUCAAAAUCGAAUAGCAAAUAAAAUUUUGAACAUACUGUACACAAAGUGCAACAAACCAAAACUUCAACAAUGUUUUUAACUGACUAACAACUAUGAAAUAAUUCUAAGAUCUUAAAUUUGAAAUAACAUACAUUGCUGAAAUUGG